GGAAGUCUAUUACAAAUGCUUAGUAAUGUAAAUUUGUUAACUGGCACAAUAUUUCUACACUUGAAUUCUUUCCUAUGUAUAUCAGAUUAGACUUUGACGUGUGCCUAUGCAGAAGACUGUAAUGUUUGUUUAUAAAAUACAUUUCCAAUAGAUGGCGCGUCGAAUAAUAGAUAAACCAUCACGUGAAAAAAAGAAAAGAAUUAGUGUUAUCCCGCGUUACAACAGGCAGAUUACAGAUCUGAUUACUGCGAAUAUUUAGUUAAUUAAAUGGUUGCGUAACUUAGAGCAGAAUUCCAUUUGAACUUGCUGUGUAAAUCAACGAUGUUGUUAAUUGUAGCCCGAGUUCUAACCCUAAUAUUUCUCUUUCUUGGAACUUUACUUUGCGGGACCUUUCCACUGUUACUUAUUCACUGCCUACAGCAACCUUCGAUAAGACGUGAAGCUUGGGGCAAACCGUUCAUUUCGCUCUUGUUAAAUUUCGGUGGUGGAGUGCUACUGUCUGUGAGCUUUCUUCACUUGUUACCCGAAGUUCGUAACAGUUAUGAAAGUUAUUGGGGCAGCAAUUACGACCAAUCACUUCCACUAGCAGAAUUGAUAGUCUGUGUUGGGCUCCUAACGAUAUACGUGCUAGAAGAAGUUUUCCACACAGUUAUAAGGUGCUUCGGCCAAACCCCUACCAACAAUGAUUGCUGCGCUCAUGAACAGUGGCCAGUCUCGCUUGCUUGUAGUCAAAGGAACAGCGAGAUUGAACGGCGAUCAUCUCAUGAUAGACUAACAGAAUGUAACAACAGACGUUACGGCUCUUUAGAUCUGGACGAUCAACCAACAGGUGGACAAAGUUCAACACGUAUGGUUUUGUUUCGAGGUCUUGUGAUAGUUUUAGCCUUAUCCUUUCACUCUGUGGUUGAAGGUUUGGCCGUGGGGUUACAACCGACAGUGCAAGACACAUGGACUUUAUUCUUUGCUGAAGCUGUACACAAAUUUAUUAUAGCUUUUGCUCUUGGGUUAGAGCUACAUAACGAAGGGAAUUCGUUUCGAAAAGUAGGUUUUUACAUGUUGGUAUUUUCUGUUAUGACUCCACUGGGAAUUGGUAUUGCAGUGUUAACCGAUCAGGCUGUCACUCAAACAUCUCAGCUCGUGAUAGGGACUUUAAAUGGAUUGGCCUGUGGAACACUAAUAUAUGUGACCUUCUUCGAAGUUCUUCAGCGAUCCCGCAGCUCACUCUUGCCAGGGUUACUACAACUGUUGGCUGUCAUCCUGGGUUUUGGAUUCAUGACUGUCGUCCGCUAUUUCCUACACCACCACCACUAAGCCUUCAAAUUCCAACCAAAUAAAAAAAAAGUAAAAACUUGGACAACAAGAACUAUAAAUUCAGUCUCAUGUCGGGACAUUUUUGUUUAAUCUUUUAAUCUACGUUUAAUUAAGUGCUGUUAGAAUGUUUAUCAAUAAAUUUACGUAAUUCGACCAGAUGAAGAGUCUCUACCUUAAUCAUUCUGUCAAUACAACUUGGAUUGAUGUCGAAACAGUUGUAAGGACACCUGAAAUCAUCAGGUUCAUUAUAUCUUUUCAUGGGGAGAUAUUUUUGUUAGAAAAGUAUCGAAAUAAGUUUUCUGUGUAACAUUAAAAGUAAUGGCCUGUAGUUAGAUAAGUAAUUAGAAAGUAAGGUUAUCAAUACCAUCGAUACACUUAAAUAAGUAACUAAAAGGCAAUGUAGAUUCAUGCGAAUAUUAAUCAUAAUGACAUAUAGGUGUAGUCCAUUAAUACCUCUGGUGUUUGUAAUCAGAUACUGGUUACCAUUGAAAUAAUCUAAUGUUUUAUUAAAGUUUAUUCUCUGUGUCAAGCCACCCUUCAUCUAAUGGUUUAAUAAAGUGUAUUAUCUGUAUCAAGCCACCCUUCAUCUGAUGGUUCAAUAAAGUGUAUUAUCUGUAUCAAGCCACCCUUCAUCUGAUGGUUCAAUAAAGUGUAUUAUCUCUAUCAAGCCACCCUUUAU